AUGUCCAAAAUACGAGUUGAAAACGGGGAAACAUGUUCACGUGACCUCGUAUCCUUCACUGUGCCUGUUUGCCCAGGUGCUCAGAGUCCAGCCACAAAUCCCAGGAAUAUCUUAUAUUUGCAAUCCCAUUUUUACGCUUCCACACACAUAACCAUCCAUCCAUCCCAACCUACAUACAAGAUCAUUAACAAAAGCCAUUCCAUAAAAUAUUCAAGAGACUCUCCCUCCCUCGCAUCCCCUCGCCACCUCCCAGAUCAAGGUAUAAAGUAUUUCAAAGCACUGGCCCCGCCCCAGAAUCAUCAACAUAAGUCACCGCCUGCCAUCCACGUUCGCAUUUCGUUCCCGAUCCCGUCGUCCCCCGACCGAGUUAAGAGCAAACCAGAUAGACAAAAAGAACCCCUAUUUAUACACAAAUAUAGCCCCAAUAUAAUGUUCCAUGAUGCGCUUGCUGAAAGCUCCAGCGAAAGGACAGAGUGA